AUGAAGUGGAACUCCCUCGCCGCACUUGGGUUUGCUGCCCCGGCCCAAGCGUACCUCCGUUUCGGGUGCGCAACCUUGACGGUUCAGCGCCUUGAUCCCAUCGUCGAGCCCGGAAAGGUCCCCUCGUCUCAUGUCCACCAAAUCAUUGGCGGGAACGCCUUUAACGCAACCAUGGAUCCCAAGGUUGACAUCGCCGAGAAGGCCACUUGCACCACUUGUUCCUUCAGGCUAACCCAAUUUACAAGCGAGGACUUUACCAACUACUGGACCGCCGUCAUGUACUUCAAAGCCCGCAACGGCUCCUACAAGCGCGUGGGACAAUACCCCAACGCCCUACUCGGCUCCUUGACAGGGGGCAUGACAGUCUACUACCUCCAGCAAGACUUCAACUCCAACGGUAAGCAAAAGAUCACCGCCUUCAAGCCCGGCUUCCGCAUGACCGUCGGCUCGCCUACCGCCACCAACGGCAACAACCCCGGCCUCCGCUACACCUGCCUCAAGGACGUCAUGACCCGCUUCCCCGAAACGGCCGAUUUCCCCAAGGAGCCUUGCCCAGCCGGCAUCAUGGCCAUUCACCACUUCCCCGCCUGCUGGGACGGCAAGAAUCUCGACAGCCCUAACCACCAAGACCACAUGUACAACACCGGCAAGGGUGCCUUCACCAACGCCGGCCCAUGCCCCUCCAGCCAUCCCGUCCGGAUGCCGCAGGUGGCGUUGGAGACAAUGUGGGACACCACCCCCUUCAACAACAAGGACCUCUGGCCUACAGAUGGCUCUCAGCCUUUUGUCUGGAGUUAUGGCGAUAGCAAGGGAUACGGGACCCAUGCCGAUUAUCUGUUUGGUUGGAAGGGCGAUUCUCUGCAGAGAGCCAUGGACUCGACGCCGCUGUUGAGCAACGGGAUCAAGUCGCAGAGCGUGGCGCAGGCCAAUAACUGCAAGCUGCAGACCACGACCGUGAAGGAGAACAUCGAUGGCUGGCUUGACAAGCUUCCUGGCAUGUGAACGAACUGGAAUCCUAUAUGGAGGGUGUGGAAACGCGUGCGAGAGAGUGUCUGAAGGAACAGUCUUUACAUAAUGCCUGAUAUUGUCUAUCGCAAGAACGUAUAUAUCUCGGAUGCUGAGUCGUGGCUAUUGAAGUCAUGGGUAGUGCAAGAACUCGACGCGAACAGCUAAGGUAUCCAGGUUCAGCUCCAGAGCAUCAAACUGUUGCAAACCGGCCAUUAGGCC